AUGGCUCCCGUAGUCGAGCGUCGCCGCAGCAUGCGAGCCCCGGCGCGAGUUUCUUACGACAUGACAAGGCGCCAACAGCGCCGCCGUCAGACCAAGAGCCUUGAUGGCAUUUCUAACAUCAACCAGAAUGAGCUGAGCCGAGAGAAGCAGACUGCGGCCAUCGCGGACCAGUCUCUUGAUGGAGUGAGCACCGACACGAGCAUGAGCGACAGCCCUAGCAACCUGCCCGGCGCCAGCGAUUCCAAGAGAUCAACCAGGAUUCGAGUCAAGGUCAGCCCUCGAUCCUCCAGCUCUUCUCCUGAGGAGCUGAACGCGAAUCUGUUGACCACCACCCCUUCGACUAUGCCCCGCGCAUCUCUCCCCAAGGCCCGCAAGUCCACCAUGAGUGUGGCACCAAAGCACCUGCGACGACGCACCGCUUCCUCAGCUUCCUCCGCGUCCCAACAGACUCGCGCACGCCGUUCUGUGGAAGAAGGUCUCAACCGAACUCCUCCAUCUGGACUCUUUGUCCCUCAGCAACAGAGCGCAGCCCAUCUCCAGAGUGCUCAAGCCGUCACCGAUGCUUUGCGAAACCACCAAGAGCUUCUCGCCCAGGAAUCCUCUGCCAUGCAGGCACAGCAACGCCAACUCGACGCUGACCUGAUCUACAUGAAAUCCCAAGUCCGUUCUCCCGCGGCUCUCUUGACACGCAUCUCCAUGCUCAAGAAGGACCUGUCGGAGCAGCUUGAUGACCAGGUUGAACUGUACGAGGCUCAGCAAAAGUUUCACAAGCUCAAGCCGAAGCUGGGAAGCAUCUCCAUGGUGGGGCUCACUGCUUCUGAAGAGGACCUCAUGGCCCGGCAGAGGGGACUCAACGAGAGCAUCAAGAAGAACCGAGAGGAACUCGCCGAGGCGGAACGCGACUUGCUUGGCGUUAGAGACGCUCAACUUCACAUCGAUGCUGAAAAGUCCAAGUUGGACGACCUCAAGACCCAACACGACAAGCACCUCGAAGGCAUGGAAUGGUGGGACGCCAUGGCUCGUCUCGUCGCCGGUGGUCCCCAAUGCAACUGGGACAUUACCGACUUGGUCAAGAUCUCGCAGACCUUUAUCACCUACAUGGAACCCCGACUUUCCGACGAAUCGUCCGAGUCUUCUUGA